AUGUAAUAAGAGAAUCCAGAAAAUCCAUAAGCAAGAAUCGAAUAACAAAUUGAUCGCUUACGUCAAAUAGAUGAGUUAAGAGACUUGGGGAAAGGAAGACAAGGAAUUUGUAUAAACUUUAAAGAUCGAGUCUAUAAGUUCUUAAAUUUAAAUCGUAAUAAUAACUUGAGUAUAGAAGAAUUGAGAAGAAUGAAUUAAGUAAUAAAUAUAUAAAUUUAGAAUGAACUUCAUUAUUUGCAAUUAUUGACUAGUAGUGAUUAUACGUGUGAAGUUUAAAGCAAUGAAUGCGAUGAUGAAAAUUUGUGGAUUACAACAGCUUAUAUGAAUUUGGGCACCCUUGAUAUGGAUUGUCUUUUUAAUCAACAACAAUAAUUUUUAGAAAUGGAGACAAUUAGGAUCAUUUGUGUUAGAUUACUCAACAUAUUAAAUUAUUUUCAUAACAAUAGGAUAUUCCAUUUGGAUGUGAACCCUACGAAUAUAUUAUUUCACGAAGAAUUUCAGUUCUUUCAUGAAAACCGGUAAAAUGAUUUAGAAUUACCAAUUGAGUAAGGGCUCUAAAGUUUGAGUUAAGAUUUAAGAGCACCACAAAAAAAAUAAUUACAUUUGGUAGAUAAUAAGAUACAUGAUUACACCAAUCUGCAAUACAUUCUAAAUCAAAAAUUUUCAAACUUAUAACCUAACUAAAGAGGUUAUUUAAUCGAAUAUAGAUUUGCAGAUGAACAUGUUGCUCAAUUAGUAUUUUGGAUUAGGAGAUGGCUUAAAUUGUAAAACAGGGAAACUUUUAAUCCUAAAUGCAUAUAAGUAAAAAAAGGAAUCAGAAUUUGUUUCUGCGAUUUUGGUCUUUCUAGAUCAUUUGAAAAUAAUGAUUUCAACAGACCAGAAUUUAGAGAUGGCCCCUAUAAAACUCCAUACGAAAUUUUGGGGAGGAUUGUAUAUUAGAAUGAACGUAUAGAGGCAUGGAAGAUUGCUAGAUACUAAGAUCUCUUCUGUUUAGGCAUAACAAUGAUGAAUCUAUUAAUAAAUAAUGGAUAUGCCGAAAUCGAGCCGUUUAAAGAAGACGAGAAAGAUCUUGAACAAUUUCUUUAAUAAACUUACGGGUUACAUUAACUUAAAAAUGCUUGUCAUCCAGAUGACUAUAAAGAACUCUUAACAUACUAUGUUAUUCUUAGAUGGUUGGAAUAAAAUAUGAACAAUGAUUAAACACUUAGGUUGAUAUAUCGUAUGUUGAAAUUCAAUUUCAAUUUCACGUCAGAUAUUCCCUUAAAUUUGUAAGAAGACUAGGAUAUACCAUUAGAGAAUAUAAAAACAGUAUAAAACUUCUGUAGAUUAUUAACUGAGCAAUAUGGAUGA